AUGAGCGACGUAAAAAUCACAACAACCAUUGCCGGCUGUUCUAACUGUAGUAAUUUUGAUUAUGCAUGUUUCAUUGCUGAAAAUGUGAGUAAAUUAUUACCAAAUUUUACAAUCAAAAUCGUAUCAAAAUCAGCAUCUGAGUGGGAGGAGUGGUUAACAAAUCAAUGUAAAACUUAUGAAUGGUCUCAUGAUGAAUCGCCAUUGAUUUGGAGAGAAAUAGGAAUCAGAGAUGAAAAACGCACAUAUAUUGGUGGUAUAAUGGAAUUCAGAAUAUUUAUUAAUAAAUAUUAUGGGAUAGAUACUAACAUUUCUAAAGAAGAUAAAAGUGGAUUGAACUGUGAUUAUGAAUCAGCAAAAAAUUAUGCUAAAGAAAGACAGAAAAAUGCAAGAAGAAAUAUUCUGCACAUUACUAUUUCUGGUGCUGGGCGGUCAGUAUGCCCUGAUCUUGUGGCACAACUAGCAACAGAAAAAAACAUAAGUCGAAAUGGUAUCACUAUUCACCUCUAUGAUCCAUCUGGACAUUCUUUCAAACUUAAUGAUAUUCUCAAAGAUGCAAGAGCUCUCAGUGGAGUACUAUGGGAUAUUUAUGUUGCAGAAAGCUUAUCAGAUUGUCUAAUGAAUUGUGAUAUUUUGAUAAUUUUAGAACACAUUAUUAGAGAAGAUACAGAAACUACUCAAAAUUGGUUACAAAGAAAUUACGAUACUUUUAAUGAUGUAGCUAAAAAUAUAAAUAUUUAUGCACCAUCAUAUAUGAAAGUGAUAUUUUGUUCUACGGGGCCAGCUUGUUUUGCUGCAAAUUUAUUGGCUAAAAAAGCAACAAAACUGAGUAAAAAUAACAUUGUAGCGAUAGCUGCUCAUUAUGGUUUAGAAAUGAUGUACCAAUUCAUGAAAUCAGUGGAUAUGAAUAUUGAAGGAAUAAGUUCUCCGCCAGUCUGGGGAUUUUUAGGAAUAAAUCAUUUCAUUGAUAUUGAUCAAGUAAUAAAAAAUUGCACUGUCAAUUUACCAAACAAAAGAGCUUUCAAAAAUUCAAAUUUCUUGUUACCAUCAAAAUUUAAAUAUCAAGAAUUUAGACGACUAUUUUAUCUAAGUCACGAUAAAGAUCCACAUAAACUUCUUGCUAAACGAAAGGCAACCUGUUGGUACCAAGUCGGAAGAACCGAAGAUUAUCAAAAAUGUAAAGCCAUUUGUAAUCUUUUGAAAAUGUGGUAUUCAGAAGAUUACUCAAAAAUCGGCGAUGAAAUUAUAUUUUUAGGCGUACCUUCGAAUGGCAAUUUUAAUUUACCGACAAAUAUUUACUUUUCGCAACCUGUUCGUCUAAAAGUUUUGAAAGAUCAUUCAAGAAUAUGGACAAGUUGUUCUGAUUACCCAGCACCAAGUGACCCUGUGAUUAUUCAAAAUUUUGUGGAAACAGCAAAAAUUAUUUUAAAAAACAUGAAACUCAUCGAUGACGAAGAUAUGUAA